CCAAAACCCAAUCCUAAAAUCCCCCCAAAACAGUCCUUCCAGCCGUUCAGUCUAAAACUUGCAUCUCAAGCGAAACAGCUUAUUAAGCAUUCAGUUCUAAAAAUCUAAGAGACUGCAAAACUCAAGGUAGUUAUCCAAACACAGGUCUGGCAGGCACUAAACAGGGUUUAAACUGACAAAUUUUGGGGCGAAAUUUUGGACUUCGGACUUAAAGACUAACAGUGGUGGAUGAAAAUAGGUAGAGGUGUAGAUGACUUUAUGCUGAAGGAGGGUCUCAUUUGAGAUUUUAAGGAAAUUAAGAGAAUGUGUAGAAGGAGAGAUUUAUAAAUAAUGCAGAUUAUAGAUGGUGAAGGAAUAAGAACAUAUUCUGCAUAGAUAAGGAAUAAUAAGUCAUCCCUAUGCUACAAAGAGGCUUCUAGAACAACAAUUGGAUACUAGAGAAGACUCAAAAGUUUAAUUAGCUCAUUAAAACAGGAAAUAUUAUUUAAGAGAAAUCCAAUAGAUUAACUAAAAAUUCGAAAAAUUACUUGACCCUACAUAGUUUCCUUCUGAUAAAUUAACUCUGGUAAAAUCAACUGAAGUAUUUACUCUGCUUGCCUGAAGGUCUCCUUAACGACUUGAAUGGUGGCUUACCUUCAGGAGGAAUGUAGUAAAUUGCUGACAGUCAUUUUUGCAUC